AUGGCUGAGCUUGGCCUUCUCUCCUUAACCCAGCACCAAAAAUUGGCUCUGUCACAGGCGCAAAAUCCUCAAUUAAACCAUAUAUCAGUCUGGAUGUGGAACCCUAAGCAGGCGCAAGAACAAGAAGAUGACUCAUGGGAAGUGAGGGCCUUUGCGGAGGACACUGGAAACGUGAUGGGCACCACGUGGCCGCCGAGGUCUUACACCUGCACAUUUUGCCGGAGAGAAUUCCGGUCUGCUCAAGCCCUCGGCGGCCACAUGAAUGUGCACCGCCGCGACCGGGCCCGCCUCCACCAAGUGCAGCACCCCAGCUCCAUCUCAAUCAACCCCUCUUCCAUCUCCUCUUCCAGUUCCUCAUUCAUAAUCCCAACUCAAGAGUUCCUCGCCGCCAACGGCGGAUUGUGCCUUCUUUACCAAUUGCCAAACCCUAACAAUGGGGCCUUCACUACUAGUACUGCCACAGCUCCAACUGCGCCUUUGCUUAACAAUACUGUUGAUUCUUCUUCUUCAGUACCCUCCACUCUUCUCUCCAUCUCCCCCAAUCCACCACACAACUACUUAAUGACGUCAUCAUCUAGUCUUGUGGGGCCUCACGGAGUUUCCAGUUCUAGAAACAGUUCCCAUUCUCAAUACACAAAACGAUCAGCGGAUGAAGAUCAACCUUCGAGGUCUGAGGUUGAAGAUAUUGAAGAGCUCGAUUUAGAGCUCCGGCUCGGUCCUUCUUGA